UGGAGUGUACAAUAUCGCACCGUCGUAAUACACUUUUUUCGACCGGUACUUUAUAAUGUUAAUAAACAACAAAAAUCCGAGACGAAACCUUCACACCCGCCAAUUCGAUCGUUGAUAAACACAAACACCAACGAUCUAGCCGGCUGUGCGUUUCCAGCAAACAUGUGAAUUCUUUAUGACAUUAUCGAUUCAAAAGAAUAGUGCCCGAAACAGCAUUUUUCCGCGUCGUUCCAGUGCAAAUUGUUAAACAGUGCGAUGGUUUAGUGAUUUUUCUUGUUCGUUGUUUGUCUGGAUUACACCUGCAGAUACAGUGGUGGCUUUGUGCGGUCAACGAACAGGUUUUAAUAGUACAAGAUGUCUGCCGGUACCAGUCUGAGUUUUGCAGUCUGUACAGUAACCAUAAUGCUGGCCGUAGCGGUUUCUUUCACACAAGGUGGCUGCGAAUUCAAAAAAUCUUGGAUCGGUAGGUGGUUCUUGAGCGGCGUUCCUAAUUUAAUCUACAUCAACUCCACUCACAUAGAAACAAAAGGCGAAUGUUACGAAGAGCAAGGCGACAAAUACCUUGUUUACGAAAAAUCUGACAAUUGUUACAGGUGUAUGGCGAUACACGAGAAGCACGAAACCGUUCUCCAAUACAAAGAAACGUUCUGUGAAGUUAAAGGCUCUUUACAGGAUAUCUGUUACGGGAUAACCGGAGAUGCACCUUUAUAUAGCAUGUUUCGUAAACAUCCUGAAGUUAAACCAGUGGCAUGUCCGUUCAAAAGUGCCCCUUUUACUUUCAGUUAUAAUAGGGGCUCGGGUGAUUGCAGCUAUCCGGCCAGCAAAGCAGAGAGUUGUACGGACGACUCCCGGCUUGUACUCAAGUAUCAGGCAUGUCCUGAUGUUCCCUCCACGGAAAGUAAUGUGGAAGAAUUAGUGUGUCUGGCGGUGUGGAAGGAAGGUUCCACUCGAUAUCUCAUUGGCCGAAUUUCGCAAGGCAAUAGAAGAAACCUGAUCUCAGAUGAAGACCAAUACAGAUGCUUCAUUUACCAAAGAAACACCGAGAACGGCAAGACUGUCUACAACAUAGCCCAAUCGGGCGACGCCACGUGCAACGGCCUACAAAACGCUUUCGAAGGAAGCAGAACAAUGAAACUAACAACAGUGGAUAACCACCACAACAGAUGCAAAUUUCCACUAUGGAUAACCGACCACCACACAUGGCUGAGUCUAGACCAUCACAAAACCUACAGAUUCAGUUCUAAAAACGCAACUUUGAAGAUUUUAGACGACGAAGCGCCAAAACCAAACAAAGUGCAUCAGAAUUACGCAUUCGAUUUUCAAGAGUUCGGAUUCGAAUCGCAGGAUCAAAGGCAACAGAAUUCCGAUAUGCGAUUAGUGUGUCAUAUGAUCCUGCAGUCGCAUGAUCACAAGAAAGUUCAAAUUGUUGCUCACAUUACAUCCGGAUGUGACAGUGGCUAUGUUUGUAUGAUGUUCUACAAGAGGGACUCCAAUGUGAUCGAAUUACAGCAAUCAGAAAAUUACGCCGAGAAUCCCGAUGAUGCUUGUGCCAAUUUUAAUCCGACCACAACCCCGUACACGACUCUAAUCACAACAACUUUACACACAAAGAAAUGCCCCCAUCUCGGCCGUUACACUUUAUUUAACCCAAUUGCAUCAAAUUCCGAACAGCGUAAAAAAAGACAACAGCCAGAUGAUGGUGCCUCCUCUAAUCAACUCUCGGCCGAUUGUUAUUCCCACAAUUAUGAGGCUUUGGCAGUAGGCUGUGGCGGUUCACACGGCAUGGAAUUUCGUUCUUCUUGUACCCAACAGACCAUCAGCGAAUAUUCAUGUCAUGGAAGCUGGGAAGAAAAUGGUAUUUCGUAUGUAAUCGCGUCGCCGGUGGCAAGAAAAUCGACAGACGCACUUCGAUAUUGUUUCAUUUAUACGUUGUCAAACCAGCCGGAGACUACAGUAAUUGAAGGCUCUUUAGGUAAAAAGGUUGAACCUCCGAUUUUGCGACUAUCGGGGGUCUCGGAAAGUUGCCAUCGACACGUCAUACCGGGAGUUACCGGAAAUUGGGCGUUCAACUUCACCAGCAACGGAACCUGCUCUAUUGACAACGAAAAUUCAAGUACCAUUGCGAUUCCGACGACACUGAUCAUCCUCUUGUCAGCGCUGGCAGCACUGAUUAUAAGAUGAUGAAGACGGGCAGUUCUUCAUACUUUAUCAGAGUAUUAAGUGUUUUAUAAAAGGACUUAGUAAGAUAAUUCAAUACCCGUUUUAAUUUCAUCUACGAUUUCGUUCGGUUUGUAAAUGUUGGCUUAUUUUGUAAUUUUCAUGACGCUAAUUAUACAAGCAUGUGUUUUUUAUUGUAAUAAUAAUGUGGAGCUUAACGGUACAACGAAUGUUAUUUUUGUGUUUCAUGCUUGUGUAAUUAGUAGUCAAAAUGUAUGUAUGUUAUAGCACAAAUUGUAUAUUUGCGUAUUUUCUUGCCUGUAUAUAAUUUUCGCGUUUGUUUUUUCUAAUAAGAAAAAAAAAUGAAAAUACUGUGAUGGAAAGUAGCUUGUUGAAAAAUGAGAUGGCGGUUAUUAAGAUGUUUUAUACCUAUUUUCUCUUGCCAUGACAUCUAGCGAUUCACAUGCGUUUUUUGAUGAAGAAAUUUGUUGUAUACAUAUGAUAGAUGUUGCCUCCCUUGUACUUCUAGAAAAAUUCUAAAUAUGUAUCUAGACGAAUGAAAAAUGAAUUAAAAACAAGCUAUUGUCUGUUAGGAAAGUAAAUUUAGACGUACAUUUUAUACCGGACACGACACAGUAUUCUGAAAGAGUAGAAAUAAACUUAAGAUUUUAUAUAUUUGGUACUGCCAAUACGUGUAAUUAAAAUCGGGUAAUUGCCGAUCAAGUUGGAUGAGUGGAAAUGAAGUCGGCGACAAUUACCCACCGGAUAGUUUCGUUAUUCAAGUAUACAGAGGGAAGAGGUAUAUUUUAAAAGAAUUAAAAACUAAAAGAUUGUAAAGUUGUAAAUAAAAGCUAGUUCAGAGUAGACUUAUAAGAAUGUUAUAAAGAACGAACUGGAUUACGGUAUAUAAAACGUUUUUAGUGUUUUCGCAUAUUUUUUUAUGUAUUUAAACACUAUUUUUUACUUCACAAGCCAAGAAUUUUCAUGUAAAAUAAUGUUUAUAUUAUAAUGAUAUUAAUAGCUACGAUUUUUAAACAUAUUCAUAAAUACACUGUCGUAGACCGUUUCAAAUUAGUUCUUUGUGUCUAAAAUCUAUUCUCACAUUGUCAUCCCGAUACCUAUUUGUGGAUAUGUUCCCGUUUUUUGUAUAUUAUUGUAUAUAUGUGUUCUAUAAGUGGUUCUUCUUGUUUUUAUAUUUGUAAAUGUAAAAAAGACUGUGACGCUCUAUUUGCUUUUGUUUUAAUUCAACUUUUUAUUAUUUAUUUUAAAAAGGGCUUGCGAUAUUCAAAUAUCAUGAUAUAAAGAGGUCAGUGCGAAUUAUGAGCCCUUCUUUUACUGUGAUUGUCUUAUUUGCUGCUUAACUUAUUUUUACAUUUGUUAUGUUAUGAGAAUUUUCGCCAUAAUAGUGUGUCCAAUUUUGCUUAUCAUAUUAUAAGGGUUAAUUAUUAUAUUUUGACUACGAAAAUAAAGUGAAAAUAAUCAAAUAGC